GCCAUCUGCAAGGCGGUGUACGGGGACCAGCGGCUGCACAGCGAGCUCCGCGAGCAGACCGUGCACUACAUCGCCGACCACCUGGACCACUUCAACCCCAUCAUCGAGGGCGACGUGGGAGAGUUCCUCAUCGGCGCUGCCCAGGACGGGGCCUGGGCUGGCUACCCGGAGCUGUUGGCCAUGGGGCAGAUGCUGAACGUGAACAUCCACCUCACCACGGGCGGCCGGCCUGAGAGCCCCACCGUUUCCACCAUGGUUCACUACCUGGGGCCCGAGGACCCGACACGGCCCAGUAUCUGGCUGAGCUGGCUCAGCAACGGUCACUACGAUGCUGUGCUGGACCGCGUGUGCCCCAACCCCGAGUACGAGGCGUGGUGCAGACAGACUCAGGUACAGCGCAGACGGGAUGAGGAGCUGGCCAAGUCCAUGGCAGUGUCCUUGUCCAAGAUGUACAUUGAGCAGAAUGCAUGCUCUUGAGGCCACCUGGGCUGCAGGCUGGGAGCUUUGCUGCAGGGACAGAGACAGACAGAAGGUGUGCUGGCUGUGAUGGUGAUGCCUUAAUCCUUAAUGAAGCAGCAGCACCCCAGACUGAGAAGGAACUGUAGACUGGUGGGGAUAAGUACAAUCGUGUUUGUAAUAAUCUGUUGUAAAAAUUUAGCCUCGGAUUAUUUGCAAGCAGAUUCUCCGUGUAUGUGUCUUCCCCUGCUCACUGUCUCUCUAUUUUCUAUAAGAAUGUAUUUUUUGCACAAUAUUUUUAAACUGUUACCUCCAUCUUCUGCAUCUUGCAUUGAUAUCUGGCUUUCAGCUGUACAGCCAAAAACGUUUGUAAUCAGUUUUUGUAAGUAAGGCUUAUGGUGUGACAGCUAUUUUUUGCUGUGUUUUUUUUACCCAUAAACCUUAUAUUUUUACCAAAUGAAGUUGAUGUCAGACAGAUCCUCCGUAAUUGAUGAAAGCAUCCUGGGUACCUUUUUGCAAAACUAAAACAAUGGGGUUUUUUUGUAGAAGUGCAGCAAAGUAUGAACAGACUGCUUUUCAAAACAGUUGCUUUCUCUGCCUGGAGCACAGAACAGGUCCUUUGAGCCAGUUGGAAUGCAGCUACAUGUGAAGACUACAGGGAGCAAUUGACUCUUCUGUAUUUAAUUACUGUUUUGAGUAAACUGGCCUCUUGUUGCAUGGUUGGCUCACCCUCUGCUCCAUUUAUAUUAUUUAUCUGUAAUAACAGAACAUUAACUUGCAAUAGAAUGUUGUGACUAGAUAAUAGUCUCCUGCUUUGGCAAUAAUUGCCUUGGCUGCACCUUGGUGUUUGUGUUCUUGUUUCUGGGGUUAUGAUGUCUUUUGUAAAAGCCCCGCUUCUUUCUUUUGGCACUGGUGUUGCACUGACAAAUUGAUAUCUGAUCACAACAUUUUAUUCACUUGACAUUAUUUUCUAAUCAAGAAGUCGGGAAUGGUGUUCUACAUUAUGGUUUAAAAGGAAAAAAAAAGUAUUUAAAUUGAGGUUUGUAUGGUUUGCUGGGUCAAACAUUUAAAUGUUUCCAAGCUAAAUUCUGUCUCUUCUACUUUCUGAUUAACUUGUUAGAUAUAUUUAUUAAGUAAUGCAGUUUGUACUUUUUUUAUUUUGUAAUAUAUUGUGAUUUUGGAAUUUAUACUGUAUUUGUAUAAUAGGAACAUUCACAGUUAAAAUGGAAUGAAUGAAUAAAGAAUAUA